AUGAAUUCCAUUGGUGAUGGAGGCUUCGCUCAAGGUCGAUCCGCAAAUCGCCCUCCUCUCUUUUGUGGCAACAACUUUGCUCAUUGGAGGUCGUUGAUGCAAAUGUUCGUGAUUGAUCAAGACCUUGAACUCUGGGAGAUUAUCAAGAAGGGUCCUAAAGUUCCUAUGAAGACCACUGAAAGUGGAGUAGCCGUUCCCAAGAAUGAUGAUGAGUUCAACCAAACGGAUCUUGAAAGCGUUGCAAAGAAUUACCGUGCCAUGAACUUAUUAUAUUGUGCACUGGAUGCAAACGAAUUCAAUCGUGUGUCUACAUGCAAAAGUGCCAAGGAGAUAUGGGACAAGCUCGUGGUCACAUAUGAAGGAACAAGCCAAGUCAAGGAGACCAAAAUCAGCAUUUUUCUUCGACAAUAUGAACUUUUUAAAAUGCUUUCCAAUGAAUCUAUUAAGGAAAUGUUUACUAGAUUCACUCAAAUUAUUAACAAUCUUGAUUCUCUUGGCAGGUCUUUCUCAAAUGAAGAAAAAGUGAGAAAGAUCCUUCGAUGUCUUCCAAAAGCAAAGUGGGGUCCUAAAGUUACAACAAUUGAAGAAGCUCAAGAUCUAAGAACCCUUCCUCUUGAUGAUCUGUUGGGAAAAUUAAUUACCCAUGAAAUGUCCUUUGAUGAAGAAGAUGGAGAGCCUGCCUCAUCCACAAAGGGGCUAGCUCUCAAAGCCAAGAAAGAAGAAGAAAUAGAGGAAGAUUCGGAUGAAGAUAAUGAUGAUGAAGACCCCUUUGCCCUUCUCUCAAGAAGUCUUACAAAAAUCCUCAAGAUGAAGAAGAAGUUCUCAAAAGAAAGAAAUCAUGGGAAAUCUGAUCGAUACAUCAAUCGCCAAGAAAAGCCUAAGGGAAAGACAUACAACAAACUCAAUACCUUGAAAUGCUAUGAAUGUGGUGAAGAAGAUCAUCUUGUACGAGAUUGUCCUCAAAGAAAGAAGUCUAAGCCCUACAAAAAGGAAUUCAAGAAGAAAGCUAUGGUGGCAUCUUGGAGCGAUUCUGACUCAAGUGAUUCAGACAAUGAUGAUCAAGCCAACCUAUGUUUAAUGGCAGAAAAAGACACUUCAAAGGAAGAACAUCUUCAGGUAAUUGUAAAUAACCUCAUGUCUAGUCCUUCAAAUAUUCUUUCUGAAUUCUUGCAUAAUAUGAUUAUCAAUGAGGAAAGCUUGAUUCAAGAGUCAAAAUUUUUGAAAGAAAAACUCAGUACGCAAGUUGAAACUACUGAGAGUUUAACCAAAGAAGUUUCUAUUUUAAAAGAAGCUUAUACAGCUCUCGAAAACAAGGUCAAAGUAUCUGAAACUCAGAUCAAGGCCUUGAAAAUUGAGAACAAUACUUUGAAACAAAAACUCACUUCUCUAAAUUAUUGUAAUUACAGUCUUGAAAAAGAAAAGAGAAGUCUUUUUGAAAAGUGUUCAAAUCAGCAAAGCCUUUUAAAUAAACCUUCAAAUUCUGAAAAUGAUUUUGACAAAAUGUUGGAUAAAGCUCGAGGAUCCAGAGACAAAACUGGACUUGGUUUUAAUAAAUAUCUUGACAAAAAGAAACCUACUGUUUUUGUUAAAGCCAAAGGAAGUUUUAAUGGUCCUACCUGUUUUUAUUGUUGCAAAAAAGGUCAUACCAAGCUUACCUGUCCUUUCAAAAGGAAAGAUCCUCAUAUUAUCAAAAAUUCAUUUCCUUAUUUUACUCGAGACCAAAUUAAGCAAAUCUGGGUAGUUAAGGGAACUAGACCACCAAACAUGGUUUAUACCGAAUAUGAUUCCAAAUUUGCAGUUUGGUCUAGAAAGGUUUGA